AUGAGAGGUGAGACAGAUGGGAUGGAUACUCAUUUUAUCGAGGAAAAUAAAUCCCAAUUGUGGGGCUGGUAGUACUAGAUCUCUGACGUUGUGAGUAAUGAUGGAGAAGGUACUUGAUAUCUCCAUCUCGAGAGACCUUCUUCACUCGGUAAGAGGCUUCUUCAUCCGUGUGGUUACUGUUUCCGGCGUUGUUUUGCUUUGCUUCGAGCUGUGCAUCCAGAAGCGCCAGCCAUUUCGUUCCAGCAAGAAGCACAUCUCAUCUCAUCUCAUCAUCCGAACGUGCCCCCUUCCAUGGUAUAUGGGGGGAGGGGUAGCUGCCUCGAGAAACCACAGAAGUAUAUUCGCGGCGUCAAUAAACAUGCUCCACAUUACCCGAACCACAAGCCCCUUACUACUGCGCCGUCUCCGGGUUUCCUGUUCCUGCUGAGGAGGUCCUGUCUAGGAAGAACAACAGAGGUAGAUUCUGAACGGGGCAGUUAGCGAUCCC